ACAGUACACAGAACAAUGGAAACUCAAUCAGAUCAGAGGUCAGCGUCUUCCGCGGCAGUUUGAAGGAGGAAACAAAAACCUGCUCGGAGACAACAGCCCCUCACGCGCCUCUCAUCGCUGGAAGGCGGUAUACAGUAGCAGAGGACCCGCUAGAGACGGACGGGAUACGGUAUCUCCUUUUCUUUUAUUUUCAUGUGUUUUUUAAAUAGUUUUUCUCUGAGGAGAGUCGGCUCGUUGGUACGUUUAAACAUUAGCUACACCUGUGAGUAGUUUAUUUCACUUACUCGAUGCUGCUUUCCACCUGCCUGUUCAUUGCUGCUGUGGAAGCAUUUAUUUCAAUUUUAAAAAGUACCUAAAACAGGUGCCGAGAUUAAAAUGGAAGCUUCCGCAGUGUUGGGCGUUUCGGUUCUCAGGUGAGUGAUUCCCCUGAUAGCGUUGGUUUAUUCCUGCACUUGUAUUUCGAAUGGCGUAAAGUUAAAAACUUACAAACUUAUAAAAUGUGCGAAUUAUGACAAUUGAAUCGCUUUCGCUUAAAUUUGGUGCCGAAUUUGCUGAUUUCUGAUCAGUUUUUAGGUCUUAAAAUACUACAGUUGGUGUGUGGAAGAGUGCGCAUGCGCGUUAAAACGUGUGAUUGAGGCUGGCUCUGGUCCAGAGCCAAAUAUGUGAAAACGUCCCCUCACGCCUGCAUUCUCUGACAUGCAGAGGCUCAUCUUUAUAACACACACACACACACACACACACACACACACACACACACACACACACACACACACACACACACACACACACACACACACACACACACACACACACACACACACACACACACAGCUGUUACUACAUCAAAGUUUUGCAUUUAUCUGGCUUGUUUAAUGGAUGUUUUUAAACCUCCUUGUUUCCUGUUGCAAGAGGCAACCACCUCUUUCUAAGGGCUGAUUCAUACUGACACUGCUCCAGCAUGUCAGAUCUGUUGGAUCACCAUGAUGCAACGUCGUAUGGGCGAUCCAACAGUGUUGGAUUGUGUUGGAACGUCGGUUGGAGUCGAGCUCUAUUUUCUAAACAUCCGACGGCGGUGUUGUUUGCUGGAGGUCUGUUAAAUCUCCCCGUUUGUUGCUGCUGGAGAGCUGAAGCUGACAUCCCUGCACCCCUGCUGAAUGCCUUUCAUGGCUCUGCAUUAACAUCACUAUGGGUCUGACAGAAUUACUGCUGCACUGACUUUACUCUGCACUGUCUGGCGAUUGUUUUACCUUUUUCCUUCAGCGUGCAUUUUUAUUAAAAGUUCCUCCUCAUUUGCCAUGUCCCUCUGCGCGGCACACAUUUUGAACCUUUUCUCUUUCAGGUCUCAUCGGCAGUGAAUUCAUAAUAAUAUUCUUUCAAUCGUCUCUGUUUCAGCCCAUCCUGGCUUUGUUUCUGUGGUCUGUGCCAUCCAUCUCACCAUGGACAGCCUGCUGAGCGGGGCCAGUAAAGGGGCCAGUGCCCUACAGACUCAGCGCUCUUCGUCACGUCAUAGAUGCCUUUCGCUGUCUUUAUCCCUGUACGAAUGAGUGUUUGGGAAACAAUAAAGCCUAAAUUCCUGUAAGAUUGAACAACGGAACAAUGCAUCCUCUGCUACCCCUCUGUGUCCUGUGGCUGCUGCCCGUGGCUUUGAUGCUUGAGACGGAUUCACCACAAAACUGUGUCCCACGCAGACUUGUGCCUUAUCAUAGCGACAAUGCCCUUCUGUUUCAAGAGGAGGGCGUUUUCAACUACUCCACCAUGCUGUUGAGAGAGGACCUGGGCUUGUUGGUGCUGGGAGCCAGAGAGGCGGUGUUUGCUCUCGACCUCGCCAACAUCUCCAAUAAAAAUUCUUCAGUUGAAUGGAAAGUUACAGAGAAACAAAAUGAUUGCAAGAACUACAUCAGAGCCCUGCACAUGCUGAAAGACGGCAGGAUGUACGUCUGUGGGACAAAUGCUUUUGAUCCAGAAUGCGACUAUUUGUCUUUUGAAAAUGGAGAAUUGACUCUUAAAAAAACGGGACAAGAUGGCAAAGGAAAGUGUCCGUUUGAUCCUUUCCAGAAAUACGCUUCUGUGAUGCUGGAUGACGAGCUGUACUCGGCCACCUCAAUGAACUUCCUCGGCUCUGAGCCCAUCCUGAUGCGGAGCUCUGGGGACGCGUCCAUUCGCACUGAGUUUAAAAGCUCCUGGCUUAAUGAGCCCAAGUUUGUUUCCAUGGCCUGGGUUCCUGAGAGUGUUCAGAGUGCGACCGGAGACGACGACAAGGUUUACCUUUUCUUCACUGAGACGGCCGUGGAGUUCGACUGCUACAACAAACUGGUGGUCCCCCGUGUGGCUCGUGUGUGCAAGGGCGACCUUGGAGGACUGAGGACGUUGCAGAAGAAGUGGACAUCCUUCCUCAAGACUGAAAUAAAUUGCCCGGUGCUGAAUUCUCCCCUUCCCUUACUCAUCCAGGACUCGUACCUCUGGUGUGAUUACAACCUCAGCUGGAAGGAGUGCAUAUUUUUUGCCAUUUUCACUCCACAGUCGGAGACUUCAGAUGUGUCGGCAGUGUGUGCGUACAACAUGUCUGACAUCAGCAGAGUGUUUUCAGAGGGGAAGUACAAGACCUCAGUGAAUGUAGAAACCUCUUUUGUAAAGUGGGUGAUGUAUAGCGGAGAAGUCCCGGUUCCUCGACCUGGAGCUUGUAUAAACAAUGAGGCUCGCAGCAUGAGAAUAACAAAGAGCCUGGACCUCCCGGACCGGACCCUUCAGUUUGUCAAAGAUCGGCCCCUCUUGGACCAGGCUGUGGAGCCCGUCAGCGGAGAACCUCUGCUGAUGCGACGAGGGGCUGCGUUCACACGGAUCAUCGUCAACCAGGUGCAGGCUGCAGAUGGACGCAAGUACCACGUCAUGUUUAUAGGCACAGAGAAAGGCACAAUUCUGAAAGCUGUCAACUACGAUGGAGAGAUGUUCAUCAUAGAGGAAAUUCACAUCUUCCAGACUCCUCAGCUAAUCAACAUUCUCGUGUUUUCAACUGCCACUGGUCAGAUCUACGCCGGCUCAGACCAGGGAGCAGCACAAAUCCCCCUGGCUAACUGUGAGCGGUCCUUAUCUUGUAUAGACUGUGUUUUAGCUAGAGAUCCGUACUGUGGGUGGGAUGCUGCUGGAGCUGCGUGUGUUUCUCUCUCCACCCCAGAAAGACAUCUGAUCCAGAAUGUGGCAGCAGGAGACGCCUCUCUUUGCCCUGAUGCUGACCCGAUCAAGGUGGUGAGUCUGUCCGUUAGGGUCGGUGGUAAACUUGAGCUCAGCUGCCCUCCACCCUCAAGCCUGACUAACGUCAGAUGGGAGCGGGGUAAAAGUGUCCUCACAUCCUCGCCUCGUCAGCAGAUUCUGCUCGAUAAAUUGUUGAUUUUAAAUGCAACAGCUGGCGACGCCGGCCACUACUGCUGCUCGUCUGUGGAGCGCUCCAAAGCCGGAGAGUUCACCACCACCGUAGCUGAAUACCAGGUCAGCAUCGACCCAGCAGACCCCAACGUUUGUGACAGGAGUGUCACUCCUAAGCCUCAGACCAAUGGCCCAUCUGUCGCUGGACUCCAUGCUGUUAUUGCCCUCCUUGUCAUUGCUCUUGCUGCCCUGUCGGCCUGGACGUUCUGCAAAAGAUACAGACCUCAGUUCUCGAACUGCACGAAUCGAUCGGAGCAGACUCAGGAGGCCGUGGGUCACCAAAAUGCAGCCAGACCAGCAAUGGCUGAAGCCAAGCCCCUGGUGUCUGAACCACAGAACAGCUGCAGGAACAACAACGCCGUUUAAGUAGAUCCGUCUGACUUAGAGGACGAUGAACACUUAGCUCAAAUCUGUGCACUAAGACGACAACACGUCAGAAAACUGAACACUGAUUUUAAAUAUCAGCUACAGUGAAAAUGAAAGGUAACUUAAUUUUCUAAAGAUUUUUUGUAUGUUCACCUUCAACAAUUUGUAAAAAAAAAAAAAAAAGAUUUGAAGCGGAUUGUUGUGCAAUGACAGCUCCUUUUAUAGAUAUCUCAGCUUCCAGGUGGUUUUUGCAGCUAGCAGUAUUGUUUUUUUCAGCAAGGGCGGUUUCUCUUCGUGCUGCAACAGGCUCUUUGUGAGAUACUCUGACUGUUUCACAAGCUUGGCUCCUCUGGGAUCUCAGCACAGAUUCUGGAUCUCAUUCAGGAUGGUUAAGACUGUAAACAUGUAGAAAUACUGUUUAGCUGUUUGGUUUUGAAGAUGGGUUCAUCUUCUACUCUCGUUGCACAUGAUCAGUUUUAAUCCCAACAAUUAAUCUGGUUCAGUUUUUUGUUUGUAACAAGUUAAAAAGGUCUCAUGACUUUUGUUUGGAGGUUUAGUUUGAGUGUUAUUUUAUUGUUUCCAGUCUUGCUGUAAAAAUCCAAACUUCCCAAAGAAAGUUCUGGUUUUCACAGGAACUUCACCGUCCUGAGUUCGAGCCGUUUUACAAAAAAAAAAAAACACAUUUAAAAGUUCCGCCAGGCUGGAUUUGCAAAAAAUGUGAAAAAGUUGUAAAGCAUUUUGGUAUUUGUGAUAGCUCACAUUUUCUUUAAUAAAGAUCUUAAAAAUCUGAA